UAGUUAGUCUGCAUAGUAAUGAGUGAAUUGUGAAGAGAAGACUACGAAUCAAUUAGCUGAGCACAAGUUUGGACGCUUCAACACGUUUCAAAAGCUAAUCAUUAUAUUAUAACGACCGAAAAGUUGGUGGUCUGGCUGGUGUCGUGGAAGUGAAAACGUGGAACCUCGCGAGGCCAUGUGGCAGGGUUUCGAAGAACGAAGGGCACGAAACUUUGCGAGGUAGCCGUUCGCUGCAGAAGCAUCUCCAUUAUUGGACCAUCUACCUUCUUGUUAAUUAACAUUAUCGACAAGCGCUGCUGAACAGUGCAGAACGACUGGCUCGAACUCGCAUGCCAUGCUAACGAAUGAAGCUGUGAACGUGACACAAGUUUUAGUGCUCAGCCAGAGUCUCCAUAUAAUAAGUAACAAGGUUUAGUUGUUGGAUAAAAAAGACCCGGUUAACACAUCACGUCCAGCAGCUGCAGACACACUUUCCUCUCCUUAAAUCCCUGUUCCUCGCCGAUUUCUUAUUUCUCGCCCAUCAAAUUGUGUAAUUUUCAGUUUCACACGCACAGCUAAACCAAAAAGUUGAGACGAGGUGAAUUUUUAAUUAGCGUUGAACGUGCAAUAUGGCAUCUACUACACCAAUGAAAGGACUUUUGCGUGCAGUUUUGGGUCGAUCUUAUUCGACUCAAAAGCGGAUUCAAGUGUCAAGACCCGUCGUGGAGAUGGAUGGGGACGAAAUGACAAGAAUUAUCUGGGAGAAAAUUAAGGAAAAACUAAUUUUCCCAUAUGUAAAAGUUGAGUGUCUUUACUACGAUUUGGGGCUGCCUUACCGGGAUCAAACAGACGAUCAAGUUACUUUUGAUGCCGCUCAUGCAAUUUUAAAGCAUAAUGUUGGAAUCAAGUGUGCGACAAUAACGCCUGACGAGGCUCGUGUGACAGAAUUCAAAUUGAAGAAGAUGUGGCCAUCUCCAAAUGGCACGUUGAGAAAUAUUCUAGGGGGUACUGUAUUUAGAGAACCAAUUUUGUGUCAAAACAUCCCGAGACUUGUGCCAGGAUGGGUACAGCCAAUUAUUAUUGGACGCCAUGCUUUUGGUGAUCAAUACAAAGCUACGGACACUGUCGUGAAACCCAAUUCAAAGGUGGAACUUGUGAUUACCCCCAAGGCUGGUGGUCAACCAGAACGAUUCGAAGUGUUCACUUUCAAUGAGAGUGGUGGAGUCACUCUGGCAAUGUACAAUACGGACGAAAGUAUUUCUAGCUUUGCUCAUUCCAGCUUCCAGACUGCGCUCUUAAAAAAGUGGCCACUUUACAUGUCAACUAAAAACACUAUUCUAAAACGUUACGAUGGCCGGUUCUUGGUAAUUUUUCAAGAAAUCUACGAGAAAGAGUACAAAGCAAAAUUCGAAGCCUUGGGGAUUUGGUAUGAACACCGACUAAUAGAUGAUAUGGUCGCUCAAGCGUUAAAGUCGAGUGGAGGAUUUAUUUGGGCAUGCAAAAACUAUGAUGGAGACGUACAGUCGGACAUUAUUGCCCAAGGAUAUGGGUCACUUGGACUUAUGACUUCAGUUUUGGUUUGCCCGGAUGGAAAAACAAUUGAGAGUGAGGCUGCGCAUGGUACUGUUACCAGACAUUAUCGCAUGCAUCAAAAGGGUGAACAAACAUCCACAAAUCCUAUCGCUUCUAUCUUUGCUUGGACAAGGGGUCUAGCGCAUAGAGCUGAACUGGACAAAAACCCGGAAUUGAAAAAGUUUAGCCAACAGCUGGAGAAAGCAUGUGUAGACUGUGUGGAGUCAGGAAAAAUGACGAAGGACUUGGCCGGAUGCAUUCAUGGCUUAAAGAAUGUAAAGCCAGGCAUGUUUUUAAACACCAUGGAUUUUAUGGAUGCCCUUGCAGAACAACUUGAAAAAAAUUUAGGACUUAAAUAAUAUAUCAGAGAUUAGGAAAGGCCAAAUUGCUAAUUUUGUGCAUCUAUUUUUUCAUUGCGGUGUAAAGUACUUUGAAAUUGAAGGAAAUUUAUAAUCUUUUAGGUUAGUUUCUUUCGGUUUCAUUGAAUCGUUAUGGAUGAUAAUUUGACUUUCCAAUUAUUGUAAACUGUUAACUAUUUAUUAUUGUUAUCACUUGUUAUGUUCAUGCUUGACUUAUAAUUAACAUACUAAAAUUAUGCCCUUUCUUCUUGUGGUGCAAAUUGGAAUGAAAAAUGCGUAUUUUUAUUUAUAUGAUGGGGAAAUUACAAAACCCUAGUUCAAUUAGUAUACAAGUAACUUAUUGUCAUUAGUUAGAACUAACCUUAAUAAUAACAAAAAAUAGUGACUGUUCUUCCGGUUGUCUGUUGGACACCUCUUAAAUAAAUAGAUGAAACUCAAAAUCGGUUAUUCUAUAAUAAAUGAAAUACUUUAUAUGA